AUGGAACAAAGCACAACAGGCUCGAUUUCACCAUCUACACGAACUCCCCGCUCGCAAUCGCCCGCAAAUACUUAUAGAAAUGGACCAGCAGCUGUCCGACCAUCGGGUGUACGCACUGCGAGCUCUGAGAAGUUUGGAAACUCACUAAAUCUGGCUAUACCUACAUCGACCUCGAAUGGGAUUACAAGCCCUGUAUCUGAUGAGGCAGUUGAUUAUAUGAAUGGAGGUAUUCCACACAACAGCCCCAUGGUCUCUGCAUCUGAUGCUACCUCUCCUGGAAUAUCUGCCAACAAUGCAGCCACGGGGUUUUCCCCUGUUCCUCCCCCAUCUUCAUUUCCUCACGAGAGUCACUCCGCAAUAAACGGUAUAUCAACUCCAACCGGCAGACGUAGUGUAUCGUUCGCGAGAGAUAUGGCUACUGUUGAGCCUUCCAACUCUGCACGACAAGAUUCAUGGGGUGUGGAAGAUGUUGAUACACCUGCGAAGGAUAGGAGAGGUGCAUCUUUGAUGUCAAAAUUGAAGGCUUUAGCUACCCCAAUUGGAAUGCAAGGACAUGGCAGAAGUCAAAGCACCCCCACGAAUUAUUUCGAUGAAGGACUCGGAACGACACCAAUUCCUACGAAUAUCCCACAAACAUUACACGAGGAAAGUAGUGAUGCUGAUGCAGAAGAAACCGCGGAUGAGGGACCAUUCAAUCAGCCAGCGCGUAUAAGAAGGAAACGCCGGACUAGACGACCACAAGAAGAAGAGAGUGUACCCAACACACCAAGAAUUCGUAACCCUGGUCCUUCAGAUUCCCCGAGUGGGACACAAGAUUUUGCAAAUGAUGGUGCAAGAUCAAAACGACCGAGAAGCAGUGAUAAGUACAUAGGGAAUGAAGCUCAUGCUCGACCAAAGCAACCGAGAUUCCCAAAGUCUGCAUUCCCUUAUUUCAGAGGUGUUCGGGGUCUAGGGGAGAGUGAUGAAGAUGAAGCCGACAACGUUCGUGUGGACGAAACCGCGGCCGAGGCAACCCAUGGCGAGGCCACGCAAAGUGAAGCGGAACCAAAACGGAAGGUCAAGAGGCGUCCUUCCAUGAGUGCGGCCCGGAAAAGUACCCGUGCCAUGUUGGAUACUAGCGUAAAUGCUCUCAGUGCCGAAAAGCAGAAGAGAAUAUUCAAUGAACGCCAGCGAAAGAGAAUAGAACAAUACCUUCAAGAGAUGAUUCGAUGGCUCAUAUUCAGAGCGGACAGUAAUCGUCUUUGCAGAUUUUUGGAGUUAUCCUCGAUGGGAGUCCGCUUGGCUGCUGAGGGUAGCUAUCAUGGAAAGGAGGGUUACCUCGCUAUUCAAACGGCAAAGGGUUUGGAUAUGAGGAGGAUACUUACACCCAAUAACUUUUUUCAACGUCAUUCUCCAAAAUGGUUUUUGGUCAGGCACAGUUAUCUUGUGUGUGUGGAGUCGCCAGAAAAUAUGCACAUCUAUGAUGUGUAUUUGGUGGAUGCAAAGUUCGCAAUACAGAAGAAGAGGCGAAUGAUAACCGAUAUGGGCAAGGGAAAAGAGAAAGCGAAUGACGAAGUUUCACAAGCAGGUAGAUCUGCUAAGCACCCUCAGCAUCACACUCUUAAAAUUCAGAAUUCCGAGCGCAAGAUAAAGUUACUGGCCAAGAACGAACGUCAACUCCGACAAUUCGAGGAAUCGUUAAGAUUCAUGGCGGAUAACACACCAUGGGCAAAGGAGCAUAGGUUUGGCAGUUUUGCACCAGUGAGGACUGGAGUUACGGCACAAUGGCUAGUGGAUGGUCGUGAUUAUAUGUGGAACGUUUCUCGAGCAAUCAAUGAAGCCAAGGAUGUGAUAUAUAUUCAUGAUUGGUGGCUCAGUCCUCAAUUAUAUAUGCGAAGACCUGCUGCUAUCAGUCAGAAAUGGCGACUUGAUCGUUUGCUGCAGAGGAAAGCUAGGGAAGGAGUCAAGGUUUUUAUCAUCGUUUACAGAAACGUUGAAGCUGCCAUCCCUAUUGAUUCUGAGUUCACAAAAUUCUCCAUGUUGGAUUUACAUCCAAACAUAUUUGUGCAGAGAUCGCCCAAUCAGUUCAAGAAAAAUCAAUUCUUCUUUGCGCAUCAUGAAAAGAUCUGCAUUGUUGAUCAUAUUGUUGCUUUUGUAGGAGGUAUUGAUCUUUGCUUUGGUCGUUGGGAUACGCCCCAGCACACCUUGGUGGAUGAUAAACCUACAGGUUUUGAGCAUUCUGAUUUGCCCAAGGAUGCGGAUCAUUGUCAACUUUGGCCCGGAAAAGAUUAUUCCAACCCUCGUGUUCAAGAUUUCUACAAACUCAAUGAACCUUAUGCAGAAAUGUAUGAUCGGUCAAAGACUCCUCGGAUGCCUUGGCACGAUGUUGCUAUGCAAGUCGCCGGUCAGCCUGCUAGAGAUCUGACUAGACACUUCGUGCAAAGAUGGAACUAUGUGCUCCGAGGUCGCACACCUACAAGACCAACUCCUUUCCUCCUCCCGCCUCCUGAUUACAAUCAAGCCGAGUUGGAAGAUCUUGGACUUACCGGAACUUGUGAGGUGCAGAUCUUACGUUCGGCUUGCGACUGGUCUUCAGGUCUUAUGCAUACCGAGCAUAGCAUCAUGACUGCUUAUUGCAAGAUGAUUGAAGAGUCUGAUCAUUUCGUCUACAUGGAGAAUCAAUUUUUCGUCACAAGCUGUGAGACGAUGAAUGUCAAGAUUGUCAACAAGAUUGGUGAUGCAAUUGUAGAGCGUGCCAUACGCGCCUAUCGAAAUAAUGAGAGUUGGAGAUGUAUGAUCCUCAUACCACUCAUGCCUGGAUUCCAGAAUACAGUGGAUGAACCUGAGGGAACAAGUGUACGCUUAAUUAUGCAAUGUCAAUUCCGAAGUAUUUGCCGUGGUGAUGGAUCUAUCUUUGGUAGAUUAAAGAGUCAAGGUAUUGACCCGGAAGAGUAUGUACAAUUCUACAGUUUGAGGACAUGGGGUCGGAUUGGACCAAAGAAGAUAAUCGUCACAGAGCAAUUGUACAUUCACGCUAAGGUUAUCAUUGUUGAUGACAGAAUUGCUUUAAUUGGUUCUGCUAAUAUCAACGAGAGAUCUAUGUUGGGUAACAGAGACUCAGAAACCGCAGCAGUUGUUCGAGAUACUGAUAUGAUAUGGUCAACAAUGGAUGGAAAACCAUAUCUUGUGGGAAGGUUUGCCCACGAAUUACGCAUGCGCCUUAUGAGAGAACAUUUGGGAUUGGACGUGGAUGAGAUUAUGGAAGAGGAAAAGAAUCAUGAAAUGGACCGUGAAGAGGAAGAGUUCAAAGCACAGAUGGAUGGUAUAUAUGAUGACGAAGAGGAAGAAGAAGGUAGCGAUGAUAGCCCAUCGCCGGCUAAAGGGGACCCUAAUGAGUUCUCUACACGUGUUGCCUUGAAUGAGAAUUUACGCAGCUUCAAUCAUGAUGUCGAUUGGGAGCAAGCAGGCAAUCCUAACAUACAGCCUGAUAGACUAAAGCCACUUACUACGGAUAAGAGAGUUACAGACAACGCAGCUCAUGCAGCAGAUGUGGAUGGUGAUGGUGUCGACAAACUGAAAUCUCUAUCGCAAACAGGACAAACGAUGGGUAGAGAUUCUGUUCUUGUCGAUAGUGGUCGUGAGGUGUUGGUUGCUGAUAUUGCUCCGGAGGGCAAGGGCACGCUGAAUCAUCCUAAAAGACCACAUUCACGAUCAGUACCACAACAACGAAGGAACAGCUCCGAUAGUGCAGAUGGCUACAGUGGCUUACCACCUGUGCCUCCUUUUCCAAGAAGAACGACAGAGCAGCUUGGUCUUCCCCAGCUUUCCCAAUUACCGGCAUUGCCAGUCGAGGAUGAUACCGAUAUUGGUGGCCCGCCUAUAAUAAUAGAUGCUUCGGGAAAUCCUGCACCCAAACCUUUCAAUCCAUUGACGGCUGAUAUUAAGAUGGCUCCAGUGCACAAGGACUGUAUGCGUGAUCCGUUAAAUGAUGCUUUUGCGGAUGAGAUUUGGCAACAAAUCGCCGACAACAAUACUAAGAUUUAUCGAAGAGUUUUCAGGUGUAACCCAGAUAGCGAGGUUACCAAUUGGCAUGAGUAUAGAGACUUUGUUGCCUACGCGGAAAGAUUUGUACAGGCACAAGGAGGUGGAAAGACUAAUGAGCGUGAGAAUCAAGAUCGACCUGGACCUCCGGGCUCAAGCUCUGCUGUUCCAGGAAACCCCCUCUCGGAGAAAGUUAAACCUAAUAGUCAAGCCGGUCAUCCUCUUGGAACCGUUUCUGAAUGGGUUGCUAGCGCCAAUGCCGAACAUGAUGCUCGAGCUAUUAAUAUAUCUGACGAGAAUCGUUUGGGGCAAUAUGAUGGUGUUGAUGAGAAAGCUGCUGCUCGUAAUGAAGGGCCCUCUGAUACGGCAGGAAAUGAAGCAUUCCCUGCUCUUGAUGCUACGGCUUUGGGUGUCCCUCCUGCUAAUGGAACAAACUCCCAAGCUAGUACUCGCAAAACUACCUUCUCUGCGACACCAACACCCAGCGGUGAUAGAAGGGAGAAUAGCAGUGCUAUGAAUCAAUCUGGAUCAGUCAGGAAGAGACGUCGUGGUACGACGAGGGGUAGUCGCAGAGGAUUCUCAGGAAGUGAUGAUCUACUUCCUAAAGAGGAUGUUGAGGAUCUAUUGGCGAUGAUUCAAGGUCAUAUUGUUGCGUUCCCUUAUGAUUGGCUUGUUAGAGAGGAACUCAACUCCCAUUGGCUUUACCAGGUCGACCAAGUUGCUCCUUUAUCAAUUUAUAACUAG